UUAGAAAAAAGGAAUAAAAGUAGAGCAUCAUUUACUUCGGGGUUACUAUUUAGUACCCGACCCGCUACAUCACACGAAGAACGUGCUUUUUUGUGUGUUUCAGUUUUUUACCCAUAAACACGCCUACACACUUUGCUGCUGCAGACUCAGAGAAAGAGAGGGAAAACAUGGCGUCCUUUGUCGACGAUGAGUUUCAAUCAGCUAACAUAUUCAUACCGGAGGAGUGGUCCGAUGCUGCCGACUCUGUAGCUUAUGAUUCUAACACUUCGCCGCCGCCGGUUGCGUUUGUCUGCGGUCCCAAAAAUAGCGGCAAAACCACUUUCUCUCGCGUCCUUGUCAAUGUUCUUCUUCAGAGAUACAAGAAAGUCGCUUAUUUGGAUACAGAUGUCGGGCAGACAGAGUUUACUCCACCUGGUUUAUUAUCGCUUACCACAAUUGACAAAAUAACUUCAGAUCUGUCAAUUCCAUGCCUAAAAACUCCUGAGAGAUGCUUCUUUUUUGGUGACAUAUCCUCUAAAAGGGAUCCCAAAACAUAUUUGGCUUAUAUUUUUGCCUUGUAUGAUUACUACCGGAGAACGUACCUGUUGAGCAAUGGCGGAAGUCCUGGAAAUGCUGGGGUGCCCCUUGUCAUUAACACAACGGGCUGGGUCAAAGGUAUUGGCUAUGACAUUCUUGUGGAUAUUAUCAAAUACAUCUCUCCUACACAUGUUGUUAAGAUUUGCAUAUCGUCUGUGAGCAAGAACCUUCCGGCUGGUGCAUUUUGGUUGGAUGAUGAUAAUAGUGAUGUUCCAACUGUAAUUGAGGUCAACUCUGCUCGUCGGGACUCUUUUAACAGAUCGGUUCUUGUACAGAAGGAUGCACGUCUUUUGCGUGAUCUACGUGUCAUGGCCUAUUUCAGACAAUGCUUUCCAAGUGAUAUGAAAAUCACAACAAUCAAGGAACUCUCUCGAGCAUUAGCUGCUCACCCUCCAUAUGAGAUUCCUAUAUCAAGUAUCAAAAUUAAACACCUUCAUUGUGAGGUUCCUAAGAAUGAGGUUUUGUACAGCUUGAAUGCAACUAUUGUCGGCUUGGCAGUUGAUUCUGAAAAUUUUCCUGACUGCAUGGGCUUGGGAAUCGUGCGUGCCAUUGACACUCUCAAGCACGUACUCUAUGUACUUACCCCUGUCCCAAAAAGCAGUCUGCAGAAGGUGGAUCUUCUAUUGCAGGGCUUUGUCGAAAUUCCAACUUGUUUGUUGCAGGUACAAGGCUGCAUCUCACCUUACAUGUCUGCCGAUGUAUUGCCUUCAGCUUAGGCAACAACUGGGGCUCGUCUAUCUGGAUAACUUCACUCUAUCUUGUACAGCUUAAUAGAAGUCAUCCGAGAAGGUUGGUUAUGCUAAGUUAUAUAUACUUCCUGAACAAUUGCCUUAUUUAUGAGGUAGACUUAAGAAACUUCUUAUGAACCAUCGGCCUUAUAGGUUGCUACUUGGUUUGUAAAACUUAAUUGAGUUUAGGGUGAUAACUGUGUCUUUGUUGGACAGCAAACUUUUUCCGUGUAUGUACAAUUUAAUCUGUUGGAAUCAUCUUGUUAUUUUGGAA